AUGGCCGUCUGUGGUGGUUACGCAAUGAGAGAAGCCCCAGGCCUAGUCGACAGUGGUGGUGGCGCAAUGUGGCUCUCCGUAUUGUUGCUGCCUCCUCUACCAUCAUGCAAUCGGGAGGCUUCUUCACCAGCGUCGGUGUCGGGUGAUUCAACCUCAGUCGUCUAUCAUGAGCACGACCAACCCCACGGCUUCCCGCAUUAUGGCAUCACCCAUGAUGACCAGGCACACUUCUCUUCACAUUGUGAACCCUGUAUGAAAUUAGUCCACGGUGCCCACUUCCACGGAUACGAACAUGGCCAGCUCACGAAUCCUACUUCUCUAACUCUCAGUAGACUCCUCAAGCCUAUUGCAAUUUAG